GGAACGAAAACAGUAAUUAUCCAUUCCAUUGACAGAGAGAACAGAGGAUGAGUUGCAGAGAAGGUGGAGAGUGUGAAGUUGAUGGAGAAGCAGAGAAGAGGGAAGACAAAGAUGGAAAUUUCAAAAAAAAAAAAAAAAGAAAAGGAAAAGUCGCGUAUGUGUUCCUUGCAACCCAUUUGGUCACAGUGAGUCGUGACCACAUAAAAAGCACGACACGACACGACAAAAACAGUAAGAUGUUUUGAUAUCUGAUUAUUAUGAUUUUGUCUUUGUUUUGCAUUUGCGCUUUGUCUUGGUAAUCAUUGACUUAAUUGAAAUCAAUCCAUCAAAACAAUGUCUUCCUCCUCUGACGAUCUACUACUACCGGGGUUUAGGUUCCACCCGACAGAGGAGGAACUUAUUUCUUUUUAUUUGAGAAACAAUUUAAAUGGCAAGAAUCCAUUUAAGUCCGAUCAUCCAUGGAUAUACGAUGUGUUCAUAAGUUUCAGAGGGGAGGAUACUCGCGCCAAUUUCGUUUCUCAUCUAUAUGCUGCACUCUCUAACGCGGGAAUCUACACUUUUCUUGACGAUAAGAAGCUUAAAAAGGGCAAAAAGCUGGGAACACAACUAAAGAAGGCAAUAGAAGGGUCUAGGAUAUGUAUUAUUGUUCUCUCACCAAAAUAUGCAGGAUCUAGCUGGUGUCUUGAUGAACUGGUACACAUCAUGGAAUGCCAAAAAACUUAUGGCCAGGAGGUUAUUCCCCUAUUCUACUAUGUUAAUCCGUCGUCUGUCCGUAAACAGACAGGUGAUUUUGGAAAAGUCUUGAAACUUACUGGUAACGAGAAGAUGAGUAAGGCAAGAAAAACCGAAGCUCUCAUGUCCAAGUGGAGGAAGGCACUUAACGAUGUUGCAAAUCUAUCAGGCUUCGAUGCCUCCAAUUCAAGGAAUGAAGCUGAACUGAUAAAGAAACUUACUGAGGACAUUUCGACAAAACUAGAUAUCUCAUUGUUGUCUAUUACUAAAUAUCCGAUUGGAUUGAAAUCCUGGGUGCAAACAGUCACCAAGUUUAUUGAUGAUCAAUCAAGCAAAGUCUGUAUGAUAGGGAUAUGGGGAAUGGGUGGAUCCGGGAAAACAACGCUGGCCAAAGCCAUCUACAAUCAAAUCCAUCGUAGAUUCGAGGGUAGAACCAGUUUCAUUGAAAGUAUUCGAGAAGUUUGUGAUAAUAGUAAUAAUAAUAGUAAAGGGAUUACUCAUUUACAACAACAACUUCUUUCCGAUCUCCUCAAAAUAAAGCAGAAGAUUCAUAGCAUUGCAUCGGGGAUAACUAAGAUCGAGACAAGACUUCGGGGGCAAAAUGCUUUCAUUGUAUUCGAUGAUGUGACCAAAGCAGAUCAAUUAGAAAAUCUGUGUGCAAAUCCUGAGUUGUUUGGUUCAGGAAGUGUAUUGAUUAUUACAACUAGAGAUCUACACCUUCUCAAGUCACUUGGUGCUGACCGUGUCUUCACAAUGACAGAAAUGGACGAAAAUCAGUCCUUUGAACUUUUCAGUUGGCAUACUUUUCGACAACCAAGUCCUAAAGAAGAGUUUAGUGAACUCUCUAGAAAUGUAGUUGCUUAUUGCGGAGGAUUACCACUGGCUCUUGAAAUCCUUGGAUCUUACUUAUAUAAGAGGACGGAACAAGAAUGGAAAAGUGCCCUAUCAAAAUUAGAGAAGAUUCCCAACAAUCAAGUGCUGCAGAAACUGAGAAUCAGCUACGACGGUUUAGAAGAUCAUACGAUAAAGGAUAUAUUUCUUGACAUAUGUUGUUUCUUCAUUGGAAAGAAGAGAGCUUAUGUUUCAGACAUACUUAAUGGCUGUGGACUUCAUGCUGAUAUUGGAAUAGCUGUCCUCAUAGAUCGGAGCCUCCUAAAAGUUGAAAAGAAUAACAAGCUCCGAAUGCAUGAUUUGCUACGUGACAUGGGAAGAGCAAUUGUUGGCGAAAGUUCACCAAAAGAGCCUGCAAAGCAUAGUCGAUUGUGUUUUCCUGAGGAUGUGCUGGAAGUUUUGUCAAAUGAAACUGGAACAGAAACUGUUGAGGGAUUGAAUUUAAAGUUGGAAAGAACAGCCAGAAUUAGAUUCGGUACUAAAGCUUUCCAGGAGAUGAAAAAGCUGAGGCUUUUAAAACUCGAUGGUGUUCACCUCAUUGGAGAUUAUGGGUUAAUUUCCAAUCAACUGAGAUGGGUUGAUUGGCAACGAUCUAACUUCAACUUUAUACCGAAUGACUUCGAACUAGGAAAUCUAGUUGUUUUAGAAUUAAAAUAUAGCAAUGUUAUACAAGUUUGGCAGGAGACCAAGUUGUUGGAGAAGCUAAAAGUACUCAAUCUCAGUCAUUCCAAGUACUUGAGAAGCACCCCUGACUUUUCAAAAUUACCAAAUUUAGAGAAACUCAUUAUGAAGGAUUGUCCAAGUUUGUCCGAGGUACACUCGUCCAUUGGAGAUCUCAAGAACCUCCUUCUGAUAAAUUUUAGGGACUGUACAAGUCUUGACAAUCUCCCAAGAGAGGUCUAUCAAUUGAUAUCAGUGAAAACUCUCAUUCUUUCUGGUUGUUCAAAGAUUGACAAAUUGGAAGAAGAUAUAUUGCAAAUGGAAUCCUUGACGACUCUAAUUGCAACCAAUUCUGGUGUUAAAGAAGUGCCCUAUUCAAUAUUAAGAUCAAAAAGCAUUGCAUAUAUAUCUCUAUGUGGAUAUGAAGGAUUAACACGUGAUGUUUUUCCUUCUCUCAUCAAGUCUUGGAUGUCACCAACCAUAAAUUCCCUACCCCAUGUUUCUCCAUUUGUAGGCAAUUCAUUGUCUCGAGUUUCCUUGGAUAUAGUAGAGAGUAAUAAUAUGGGCUAUCAAUCACCAAUGCCUAACAUCCUUACAAAACUUCGAAGUGUUUGGGUUCAAUGCCACUCAGAGAAUCAAUUAACUCGAGAAUUAAGAAGAUUUCUUGAUGAUCUAAAUGAUUUGAAUUUUGUUGAAUUGGAAACAACAUCACAUGGACCACUGAUCUCAAAUCUCUGCUUGAGAUCACUUGUGAUUGGAAUGGGGAGCUCCCAAAUAGUCAUCGAUACUCUUGGGAAGACCUUAUCACAGGGAUUGUCAACUAAUGAUUCUACUGCUUCUUUCCUUCCGGGUGAUAAUUAUCCUUCUUGGUUAGCCUAUAAGUGCAAAGGAUCUUCAGUACAUUUCAAAGUGCCUGAGAAUAGUGAUCGCUGCAUAAAGGGAAUAGCUUCAUGUGUUCUUUAUUCAUCAACACCCGAACAACCGGCAAAUGAAUGUCUCACUAGUGUCUUGAUCAUUAAUUACACAAAAUUCACUAUCCAGAUUUACAAGCGAGAAACAGUAAUGUCGUUCAACGAUGAAGAUUGGCAAGGUGUAAUAUCAACUUUAGGAUUUGGUGACAGUGUGGAGAUUUUUGUAGCUAUUGGUCAUGGAUUGGAUGUUAAGGAGACGGCUGUCUAUCUAAUAUAUGAUCCAUCUACAAAUGCAAAAUUGGAGCCAUAGCCAUCACCUAAUGUGAAGACAUAGCCAUCACCUGAAGAGGAAGUACAAUCAUUGCCUGAUGUUAAAGUAGAACAAUCUCUUAUUGUCAUGAAUGGGAGUGGGAGAAUGUUUAUUAUGCUUGCUUCAGAAUUGAGAUCGCAGCAAUUUUUGAUCGGGCAGAUCUAUUGUCUUAAUAGUCUGUCGCAGGUGUUGUGUAUAUUUGUUAAGAGUGUUGUUGAAAAUGUAUUAGAAUCUUUAUAUUUAUUGUAUAGGACUAUAAUAUAGAUGCAUUGUCUCAUAUCAUAUAAAUUGAGAUAAUAUUUCAUAUAUUUAUUUUGUAUUUAUUA